AAAUGAAUAGACAAAGGAAUAAAGAAAGUGUAAGAAAGCAAUAAAAUAAACAUGAAUAUAGAAAAUGCAAUUGGCGAAGAGUACACGUUGUUCCACUUUUCUGGAGAAAAAAGUGAAUAAUUGAAGAAAAGACGUUAUACCUUCCCCAUCCACAUUUUCUUGCUUAACUGCAGAACAACACCAAAUUCGACCCUAUCAAGUUUUGAUUCGUGUCUACAUAGAAAGAGUCUCAAUUGUUCUGUCCCUGGACUUUUUUUUGUUUCGUUUUUCUUGUUAAGAUCGAAAACUCUGUUUUGGUAGAUUUUUGUGUUCUUGAUUUUGAUUCAAGAUGGGGAGGCUGUUUGUGGUGAAUCUUGAAGGGAAGAUCUAUAGCUGCAAACACUGUAAGACUCAUCUUGCUACUUAUGAAGACAUCAUCUCCAAGUCUUUUCACUGCAAGCAUGGGAAAGCUUAUCUCUUCAAUAAGGUUGCCAAUGUUUCCAUUGGAGAGACUGAAGAAAGACUGAUGAUGACUGGUAAACAUACUGUGGCUGAUAUUUUCUGUGUCUCGUGUGGAUCAAUCGUUGGCUGGAAAUACGUAAGCAAGGCAGACAUCAAAUGUUCUUAAAGAACCUAUCCGUGUUCGAUUCUUUGGGUGUUAAGUUGUAUGUUCUGUUUUAUCAGGAGACUGCUCAUGAGAAGAACCAGAAGUACAAAGAAGGAAAAUCAGUGCUUGAAAGGUUUUAUUUCCAACAUUUCAGGACUUAGUUAUGAAUUCUACUAGCGUUUGAUCUUGAGAUUGUUGUGACAGAUUUAAGAUAUCGGGUCCUGAUGGGAGCAACUAUUGGGUGAGUAGCCAUGGAAGGCAUAUAGGUGGAAGUGAUGCAGAUGAUGCUUGAAUCAUCUCUCUCUCUCUCUAUUCUCUGAUUUGACCAUUUCAUGUAAAUGUAAAUUAUUCAACCUCCAUUCCAAUUUCUUGUAAUAAGACUAACCAAUACUCUUUCUUCUCUUGACUUAUUAUGUCUCAGUAAAUAAAAAAUCUGAUUCUGUCUAAUGACUAUUUAUUGGUUUUCUGUGAAACCAUCAAUCAAAAUCUACGUAUGCUUCAUAUUACAAUAACAAAUGUUAUAAA